AUGGUCAAAGUUACUGUUUGUGGUGCUGCCGGUGGUAUCGGCCAGCCUUUGUCAUUGCUCUUAAAGUUAAACCCUCAAGUGUCACACUUGUCACUUUUUGACAUUGUCAAUGCUCAUGGGGUAGCAGCCGAUUUGUCCCAUAUUUGUACGCCUGCUGUGGUUACUGGACAUCAACCAGCCAACAAAGAAGACUCCUCGGCUAUUACUGAGGCUUUGGCUGGCACAGAUGUGGUGAUAAUUCCCGCUGGAGUGCCCAGGAAACCGGGGAUGACGAGAGCCGAUUUGUUCAAUAUAAAUGCUUCGAUUGUCCGUGAUUUGGUGGCCAAUGUUGGCAAAACUGCACCCAACGCUGCUAUCUUGAUCAUCUCGAAUCCUGUGAACGCAACAGUGGCAAUUGCUGCUGAAGUGUUGAAAAAAUUGGGAGUGUUCAACCCUCGCAAACUCUUUGGUGUAACCACCUUGGAUUCGGUCCGAGCCGAGACCUUUUUGGGAGAAUUGACCGGUCAGUCUCCUUCUGCCAUCAGAGGCCAUUUAUCUGUGAUUGGAGGUCACUCGGGUGACACAAUUGUUCCAUUGAUCAAUGUCGAUUCCACAAUCUCGUCUGCGGUUUCCCAAUGGUCUCCUUCCCAGUACCAGGCAUACGUCAAAAGAGUUCAAUUUGGUGGUGACGAGGUAGUCAAGGCAAAGAAUGGUGCUGGUUCAGCUACACUUUCUAUGGCUUACGCUGGUUAUCGUUUUGCUGAGACCGUGUUGAACUCGCUUUCAGACCCUUCGAAACCCGUUGCAGACUCUACACCAGUUCCUGAUUCUUCCUAUGUGUACUUGCCUGGACUUCCAGGAGGAGAGGAGUUCUCGAAAAAGUAUGUCAAUGGCGUUACUUUUUUCUCAGUGCCAGUAUUGUUGCAAAAUGGAGAGAUUCUGUCGUUCAUCAAUCCAUUCGAAAAGUACAAGAUUACAAGCGAGGAAGCCAAUCUUACCGAGGUCGCCUUGGACGGUUUACAGAAGUCCAUUGACCAGGGUACGACGUUUGUUCAGGGUAGCAGGUUAUAG